AUGGCAAAAUUUGGAUUUCUCAUACUUUCCUUCUUAGGUUUUGCUAUUGCUCUAGACACAUCAAGUUGUAGGUUAAUUUCUUGUGGUAGCGAAGCUUCUACUGGCGGAAAUUGUGUCACAGCCUCAUCAACUGACAUAACUGUCAGCCCAUGCCCAUCAAGCGACUAUUGCAGCAAUACAGCCCAAUUUGAAGACAGGAGCGGGUGGGCCAAUGCAGUCUGCCAAACAACACCUAUAGUAAACGCUACCGAAAAAGAAUGUCCAGGCAAGCACACCCUUGUAACCUGGGAUCGUUGCUGCAGAGACAAAGACUGCUACAGCCACAACUGCACAAGUGACGACCGGUGUGACCCAGUCCUAGAAGGUGGAACUUGCACAGCUGACGAACACUGUGACGCUUUUCAUUACUGCGGGUCUGGGGUUUGCACACCCACAUUAUCAGAAAAUUCUGUAUGCAGCUAUGAUAAUAUGUGCAACCCAGGGUUUGGCUGCAGCUAUGGAUACUGCACCCAGUAUUGGAGUUUAGAUAUAGGAACCCUUGCGAGCGAUGACAAGUUUUGCAAGACAAAUUAUAGAGAUAAAUACAAUAAAUGCGACGCUAUAACUGUUUGGACUUCUACAGGAGAGACUAUUGAUAAUUUUCCAUGCACUGUGCCAGACACUUGCUCGUGGAAAUCAAUCACAACUGGUGACACUUUGGAGACAGCAGCUUGCCAAUGUGGAGGAGCAGAUGCCAAAAGUGGAUUUUGCAGUGCUAGCUAUCCAAACUUAGGCUGGGACGACGCAUUGUACCCAAGGAUGCAAUAUUAUACUUCAGUAUGUUCAGGAGCAAAAGCGCACAGCACAGAUAUUUCAACUCUGUACAGCUGUCAGUCUAUUUGGAGGGACCAAAAGAACUUUUACACCUGGGUCCAAGCAUUUUACACUUAUUGGCCUCUUUACCACUCAGGAGUUAUCGACAGUUGUGCUUUAGAUCUGGACCUUUUCGACCCUGCUUAUGAUAUGGAUGCUUAUGAAUCCGCUGGAUAUUUUGUUGUAAGCGCAAUUAUCCUUUAUUUAAAUUAG